CGACGUACUACGCAGUUCUCCUGACGGUGAACGUGUCCAUCGAAAGAAUGAAUUCCAAAGGCAUAGAUGAAUCAACUCAAGAGUGGAAAAUACAGUCACUGGCGUGGCAGUUCCCAUCGUCUUGCUUUGCCAAUGACGCCCCAAGACAGUGUUCACACAUGCAUCUUCUUCAGCACUCCCCUCAACAAGCAUACAUAUAACCCGAACCCGCCCUAACCGCCAUGGCCCUCCCCAGAUGCCUGUUCAACAUAUCCGCAACACGUCACACCACAUCCGGUUCACGAGCCCUCACCUCCCGAUUCGUCCCAUCAUCUUGGGUCUCAGCAAGUCCAGAUCCAUUCAACGCAGCGAAGAGACAACCCUCAAUCAGUCGCCCGACAAGCCCGUACCACUACAGCACAAGAAGCGGGGAUGGGAUAACAGCAGAGAAACCCUCUCCGUAGAAGUCCUCUUUUUGCGGGCCUCCGCGGUCGCGGAAGCAAGCGAGUCCGGAAGCGGGAAUCUGGAAGUAAGACGUCGAGCAACAGCGGGGAACCAUCAAGAUCCAGCUACUCUGCCUCCCGCCAGAACUCAAGAGUACCCUCUCCUCCUCUCAAGCCAUCACUCGGUGCCCAACCAUCCACGCACCCAUCUCCGAACCCUCAUCGACGUUUUCUCUCGCACCCACACCCAAAACCAGCAGGUCCAUCUUACCUGCAGCCCUUCUCCACGCCUAAAUUGACCCCCCUCCCAUCCUUCUCGGCUCCGUCGCAUAAACUGCGGACCCAGCACCACGGUUCCGCAAUCCAGGGAUCCUCGCUUGGCCUGCAUUGAUCGGUGAAGAUAGAUUGAACCC